UACAAUAAAAUAGAGUAAUAUAAAAAGAAAAAUAAAAUAUUGAAAGAAAUGAUACAUCGAUUUUUAAAAAACUUUAGUUUAACCGGCGUGCUGGUCGGCCGUCGGCAUAUGAGCAACUCGGCCACCGUGAUGAGCUUCGGUGACGGUAGCCACGGUGCACUUGGGUUGCCAUUGAUGGCCGGAAUUGGUUCCGAUGCAUAUGAACCAACACCCAUUUCAGCCUUACCUUCUGAUGUUUGUAGCAUAGCUGCCGGUCAUUAUCACUCGCUUGCUGUUACUAGUCAAGGACAAGUAUGGUCUUGGGGCCGAAAUCUCGAAUACCAACUUGGCCGUUCCUUUGAUUCUCCUAGAGAUACAUGGGUGGAACCACAAAGAAUAGAUGGGUUGAGUGAUGUAAAGUCUGCAUUUGCAUCAGGAGUUGUAUCUGCAGCUAUUGAUGUAGAUGGGUAUCUAUAUAUUUGGGGAAAAUCAAAGCGCGGUCAGUUGGGCCUUGGAAAUGGUAUCGCAGAGGCCGUUCUUCCCAAAAGGAUAAAAGUUCUUGAUAAAGAAGAGAUAAUAAAGGUUGUAUUUGGAUGGGGCCAUGCUCUUGCACUUACUAAAGAUGGAAAGUUAUUUGGUUGGGGCUAUUCAGCAGAUGGUAGAUUGGGAAAGAGAGGAGACACGAUGGCUUCACCACUCGAAUCGAGUGCAAAUUUGUCUUCCAGUUUGAAGCUUGCAGAUGCUGAAAAACUAGUCUUGGAAGCUAUGGAUAAGGAGAAUGAUAUGCCUAUUAUUUGGGAGCCAUGUUUGAUUGAUGAACUAAAAGGUGUUGAAGUUGCAGAUGUGUCUUGUGGACUUGAUCAUACCUUGGUUCUUCUACGUGAUGGAACCAUACUUAGUGGUGGAAGCAAUGUAUACGGGCAAUUGGGUAGAGAAACACAAGAUCUAGAGCUGCUUCCAGUUGAUAUAAGUGCCUACCCGGUCUCUAUUGCUUCAGGGCUGGGCCAUUCUUUGGCCGUAUGCCAGAUCCCAUCUGCAGAUGGCGGUGGAGUAGCCUCCGGUAUCUUUUCAUGGGGGUGGGGUCAGAAUUCGCAGCUGGGGAGGGAAGGUCCAACGAACAUCCCAUUGCUCGUAGAUGGACUUUUAGGUCAUAACCCAUUGUCAGUGUCAGGUGGACGGGUACACUCCAUUGCUUUAACUUCCGACGGAGAGGUCUUUUCCUGGGGUUGUGGUAGAAGUGGGAGGCUCGGGUUGGGCAGUUCUGUGGAUGAGCCAGAACCCAUGUUGGUCGAGUUUCCAGAAGAUACUAACGUUUUGCAGAUUGCCUCGGGCUUUGAUCACAAUCUGGUUUUAACUGGCAACUAAAUGGUUAUGCUGAUAUGAUUGCCUUCAAGAUUCAUUUGGUAUCAAUUGCGUAUGUGCGAUAAAAAUGUGGAACUAUCACUAAUCUAACUUCAUACACAAAAGAUAUUGCAUUUAAUGUAUGAAAUGUAUCUUGUACUCUUAUUUACUUAUCAGCUGAUGCUUAAACUUACAACAUUGUGAAAGGCAAUGUUCAUGAAUUUUCAGUACAAAA